CAGUAAGAGAGACAGCGCGGUUAGGAAGAGUAACAGAGAGAGAAAGCGUGAGAUAGACAGACAGAGAGAGAGUUUCCUGUACAGAGGUUGAGAGGCAGGAACAGAGCUGACGUUCUCACCUGUGACGUCCCCUCGCUGAUCUACCUGAUGAAACUCAGCAGGGACAGCUAGAAGAAAAGACAGAAGAGGCAAAAAGAGGCCCAGAACAACCAGAACGACUCCGCAAGAGAGAGACGGAUAAAAAGGAGAGGAAGUUGGGACACUGAGAGCGAGGUCUGAAGCUCGAGUUAUGCUGCAGACCAUUUAUGAAGCUGACUCCAGCAUCACUGCAGACUGGAGGAGGAGAAGCCUGGACGCUCACGCCACUGCCAUCGGAUCAGAUUCAGAGGGGUUGUCUGCGGUGGGCACGUCUGGGGUCAGUAUGCUGGACUGGGACCGUGAUUCUGAUGAUUGGGAAAAGCAGUUACAGCGCGAGCUGCUUCUGAUCCAGAGACAGCAGCAGAUCCAGAAACAGCUACUCAUCUCUGAGUUCCAGAAACAGCACCAGAACCUUCUGAGACAACACCAGGCCCAGCUUGAGGAGCACAUCAAGCUCCAGCAGGCUCUGUUAACUCUUCGGCAGCAGCAGGAAGUGUUUGCUGAAGAGCGUCGGCUGGUGGGUGAGGAGGAGAGAGAGGAGGUGCGAGAGGACGAGAAGGAGCUUCACAGGAGAGAAACACAGAAACACCAGCACCACAGACGGAAGGAGCGAUCCAAAGAGAGUGCGAUGGCAAGUACUGAAGUUCGGCAGAAACUGCACGACUUUCUGAUGAGUAAAUCGGCUAAAGACCCGUCUGUGUCCGGCGCCGGUUACCCUCUUAGCCGCUCGAAACUGUGGUACAGCUCCGCCCACCCGGGUCCUGCAGAGCAGAGCUCCCCUCCGCUAGGAGAAACUCCGCCCACCUUCAAAUACCCUCUGACCUCUGGCCUGGACUACAGAGAGGACUUCCCUCUCAGGAAGACUGCAUCUGAGCCCAAUCUGAAGGUCCGGUCCAGACUCAAGCAGAAGGUUUCUGAGAGAAGAAGCGGACCUAUACGCCGCAGAGACGGCAGCGUUCUCGUCACGCCACUGAAAAAACGAACUUUAGAACUAACAGAUUCUUCGGCCAAUGAGAGCCCUGCAGGUUCUGGACCGAGCUCACCCAUUGGCUUGUGCAGCAAUGAGAACGGAACAACAUACCGAACCAGCACCAACCAAAUUGAGCGGUGUCUGUCUCAGAGCGGCGUCCUACAGACGGAUGGAUCCAUGUCCCUGUUGAAUCUCUACACGUCCCCCUCUCUGCCCAACCUCACGCUGGCUCUGCACCCUGCUCACGCUCACAUCUGCACGGGUACGGCGCUGAAAGAUCGGAGCACAGAAGGACUGGCGGCCGCCGCGUCUCCCGUCUCGCUGGAGUCUAAAGUGAGCAACGGACAGCAAGCGCUUCUGCAACACCUGCUGCUGAAGGAGCAGAGACAGCAGAGGAUGAUCUCGCCUGUUACAGGCAGCGUUCCCGUGCUGUCCUCGUCUCCUCUGGCGAUGAAGGAGCGUCCAUCCGCCAGCUCUCGCACCAGGUUACCGCGGCACCGACCCCUGAACCGGACGCAGUCGGCGCCGCUGCCGCAGAGCGCUCUGGCUCAACUCGUGCUGCAGCAACAGCACCACAACUUCGUGGAGAAGCAGAAACAGUAUCAGCAACAGGUUCACAUCAGCCAGGUUCUGUCUCAAUCCAUCGAGCAGCUGAGGAACUCCAGCACCCAUCUGGAGGAGGAAGAGGAAGAGUCGGCGGAGCACAGAGAGCCAGAGAUCACAUCGCCCCCUGCUGGAGUCAUCCGCAGCCGCAGCUUCAGAAACUCGCACAAUGAGCCCGGAGCCGCCCAUGCCAGAGUGAUCCGGCUGAAAACUGAGCCUGAGGACGGGAGGGAGAGAGGAAGAGAUGCAGGUGAAGAACAGAAGGAGAUUUCAGCUCAGCUGAAACGAAGCGACGCCGAAUGCCGUCUUGAAAAUAUGACGGAAACUGAUGUUUGAAAAAGAAAUGAAGAAGAAAGAAAGAAAGAAAGAAUGGGCUGAAUCUCAUGAAAAUUGUCAAUAUGUCCAGGUCAUAUUAAAACAAUUUAUUUAUUUAUUUAUUUUUGCUUAAAGAAAAUUAAGCCUUUUUUUUUUUUGCAUUGUGACAAUUAUUUUUGAAUUUUUAAAAAACGUAAUUAUUUUUUUUUUUUAGCAUUGU